CGCCAUCUUGGAGAGGAAUCCCUAGUUUUGAUAGUAAAUGGUAUUGAAAAAUAUUAUUAAAAAAGCACGUUAUGGCGCUCUUCAGGUCUGUUAAAGCUUUGGACAGUUUAGUUUAUGGUUCAAGAAGUAUCUGGGCUUCGUCAGCUGUUUUUGCUAAGCAAAAUAUGGAUCCUAUUCAGGAACUUUUUGUGAACAAGUUAGCAGAAUAUAAAACGAAAAGCAAAGGUGGUAAACUGGUUGACGCAGGGGAAGAAGCAGAUGCAAGAAGAGAAAAAGAGAUAGCUCAGUUGCAAAGAAGAUAUGGCGGUGAUGCUAAACACCUUGAAGAAUUCCCAAAAUUUGACUUCUCACAGAAGUGAAAGUUUUAUGAACUAUAGACUUUUCAAUAUGUGGAUGAACGUUUUUGGUCAAAUGCCUGGUGUUAUGAGAUAAUUGCAUGAUGGCUGAUUGUUUAACAGCUGCAUGUGUGUUAAUUCAGUAUGUGCUGGGUACAUGUAAUGUUAUAAAUUUAUAAAAAAAAACUAUUAAAAAACCUUUAAGUUUUCA